GUCAAGCACUGAUGCCAAUAUGGCGGCACUUUAAAUAUUCGUGUUUUGUGACCUUAGAAGUUAUCACAAUGCCACAUGGUGACUCGUCUUCAUGGAAAAAAUUAGCAGAUGAAAAAGAAAAGGAAUGGAGACAAAUUCUAGAAUCAAGAAUUGAAGCGUUAGAAAAUAAUUGUCACUUGAAAGAUAAAGAGUUGGAAGAAGAGAAAAAAAAGUUUAAUGAGCUGAAAGAGCAUUUUAAAUACAACCUCAAACUGUUGGAAGACAGAGACAGAGAACUAGAAAAAUAUGAUGUCUCCUAUUCAGAGAUUCGUAUGACGCUGAAUGAAAAGAAUGCUGAGAUCAGUGAGCUGAAGAUUUAUCUUGAUGACUUGAAAAACGUCAUCAAGAGGGAGGAAAAGACAAAAGAUGAGCUUCAAGCUAAUUAUCAGAGAAGGCUGAGAGAGAAGCAAGCUGAAGUGGAUCAUUAUAAGAGCUGUAAAGACAAAGAGUUGCUUGAUGAAAGAAAAGAGUAUGAAGAAUUCAGGAGAAAUUUACAGAGACAACUGACCAAUGUCCAAAAUGAACUGGACAUUCAGAAAAGGGAGUUAACCAUUGAUUUUGAGGACAAUUUAAAAAAACGAGAGCAUGAAUUCAAACUACAAGUUGAUGAGUUAAACACAAAAGCCUUGGAACAUGAACUAAAAAUAAAAAUACUGGAGAAAGAGCUGGAGUUGUCCAGGGAAUGUAAUGAUAAGACAACAGCUAUAGUGGAGGUGGCGGAGGACACACAGAGGCAGCUGGAGAAACUGGUCAAGAAGAGGGAGUGGGAGCUGGCUGAUUCUGUGGCCAUGAAAGAUGCAGAAAUUUCAGAUUUGAAAAACAAACUUUCUUCAGCUGAAAAUUCUUUGAAAAAACUUCAGGAAGACUUCCAAAGAAAAUUUACUGAAAUGGACAAAAUAGCAAGGGACAAGGACGAUACACUUGAACGAGUUAAAAAUGGGUAUCAUGAGAAGGAAGGAUCGCUGCAGGCAGCAGUACAAGAUCUUCAAUCAAAGCUAGAAGACUGCCUGAUCAGGGAAAGACAACUCCAGUGGGCUAAUCAAGAUGCCAUGAAAGAGAAAGAAAUCCAAAUUGAAAACUUAAAGGAAGAAAUCCAAAGCACAAAAGAGAGGUGGGACCGUCACGUGGCAGAAAUCUCACGUAAUCAUGUGACCCAAGACUUGGAGCUAAACACAGCUCUAGAGGAACAGAGGAGGUUAAAACUUGAGCUUGAUCAAAGAAAAGAAGACUUAGAGAGGUACAAAAGAGAAUUGAAAGCUGCAUCAGAGAGGGAAGAAAAAUUAGACAAAGCCAAAACUCAGGUGGAACUAGACUGGCAGAGGAGAUGUGAAGACCUGGAGAGGCAGCAGUACGACAAGUCUGAGGAUCUGAUCAAGCGGCUGACCACAGCGCGCAAUGAUGCUGAAGCUUUGGUGAAGGAGAGAGAGAGGGAGUUACGGCACAAAGUUUUGUUGGUGAAAUCUCUACACAGGGAAAGAGAUCAACUCCGCACCCUCCUCAAGAAAGCUGAUAUCCCAUUGGAUGGUUUUGUGAAGUAUUCCCUGGACUCGAUGGAGAAAGGGGAUGAAGAUCUGGACUACAUGGAGAAACUUCAGAAGGAAAAUGAGAGCCUCAAGCAGCUGAUAACGAUGAUGAGGCAGGAAAUUGAAAACCUCGGAGCCAUUGACCCUCAACCCCAGAAAUACUUGACCGCCAACAAUAACGCUGACAGUGUGGAUGAAGAAGUUGAAAACCUUAAACAGAAAAACAAAGAAUUGAUAGAAAAACUGAAGCAAGCCAGAAAAAUGUUUGCCAUUCCACCUGGUGAUCCAGAGGUGGGCAGUCAGGUGGAUGUGUUGGCUCAGGUGGAGGGGAACUCUGUGGUGAAGAGUCACAUUCUAGGCCUUAAUGCAGCCAUAGGUAAUCUCAGGUGUGAGAAAGUGGAGCUGGCAGCUACAGUGAAAAAACAACAAGCAAGAAUUGCUCACCUGGAAACAGCACUAGAAGAAGUUUCUAGCCAGCCACGUCAAAAACAGAUCCAGAUAGACCAGCUGACCUAUGAACUCAACAACUUGCGUAAAAGGAACGAGGGAGAGAUGAGCAGCCUAAAAACAAGAAUCCAUGACCUUGAACUUCAGCUAAGUGAAGCCAGACGGGAAGCAGACGAGUACCACAGGGCAAGCCUAGAGAACAACCAGGAACUUGUGGCCCUGGGGAACCAGCUCGCCUCCCUUAAGAUGGCCAUGUCAGACUCCAACCCUUCAAUCAACUAUGGUGCUCAGGAACUCUACAUUCAGCAACUGCAAUCAGAGUUAAGCCAACUGCGUCAGCGUGCUGUGACCAUUGAAGAUGCCAGGCUAGAUUUUCUAGGCAACAAACUUGACCAGUCCAGCGCUGGCGAUCUGAAGAACAAAUUAAAGAUGGCUGCCAUGAAGAUAGUCCAGUUGGCGAAAGAGAACCAACAGCUGACCGAGUCUAAUAAUAGACUGAGGAUGGAGCUAAAGAAAACAGAUUCAGAGAGAAACAAAUCCCCUGUACCUUUCAAUGAUAAAGUCCAAGACAGCAAUAAUAAAAAUGAUGAUGGUUCAAAGGUUACAGGUCAACCAGAUAGAUUGUCUGCCCUUGAAAAACUUCAGUACCAGUUAACCAAACAGGUUAGUUACAUCAGCAACUAUGAUAACAAAGAGGAACUACAGUUUGUGCAUCGUUUUGGAGGAGAUAAUUCUACUGGUUCACAUCAUUACUAUAACAUGAGUGAUCUCCCUGAAAAAGACAGCUCAGAGAGCAAUGAAAAAGAUGUGGAACACUCAAGCCACCCGCCAUCCCACUCCCCUAGGCCUGUCUCUAGGCCCCACCAACCAUCACAGGCAUCACCUAGGCCUUUCUCUAGGCUAACCCCACCAGUCAAGGACUCUCAAAUGCUGAUGAGUUUCUCCUCAGGGGGAGGGGAAUCUAUAGAGCAAGUCUGGAAGCUUCUGGAAGAUUCUGUUGUCAGUGGUGGAUCUUCACUUCAUCUGUCUCAGCCCACCUCCUCACAGCAUCUAGGACAGGAAGGAAGUUCAAAAGGUGUCAGAGGUCAUCCAGGUCAAGGCUCUGAGAAGAAAAGAGAUCUAUAUUUAGAAGGUCAGAAAGCACCUACUGAACUGAAGUCAGCACUGAAGCAGCAGAGCGGGCAGACAGCUGCUGUCAGGUAUUCCGAACAUGUGAAGAAGGCGACAAGACUGAAACCUAAAGUUAGGAAUUAUAAUCUCAAAGAUGACCGUAGGUGA